AUGAGUUCGCAGUGCUCUUCAUGUCCGUUGAAAAUCUUGGUGACAACGGCGGAAAAUAUGAUUGAUUCGACGUGUCGGUCAGGCGCUCCUGAAGAACAUGCCGAUGAACAGGGCAACAAUCGGCACUUCGAGAAGAACGCCAAUACGACCAACAGUGGCAACAGCCGUUCACCAGCACAGAGUCGCAACGUCGAUUCUCGUGGAUUGCGAGUAAGACAGGUGUGUAAAAUACGGAGUGAUACAUUGAAAGAGAAAAUCUUCCAAAGGUUCAUUCUAGUUUGGGAACCAACUAUCCAAAUCCGUCCACCUGGAAACUGGGAGAGGGCAGGUUCGUCCUUAUGA